UGUUUUUGUAUGAAUGUGCUCAAUCGGAUAUUCCCUAAAUACACCGUUGUUACCAAACUGAACAAUGCUGCGCUCCUGGAAAAAUAAAUUCGAUUUUCGAAAGUUUGCCCCCAUUCACUCCGAUCCAAAUAUUUUUAUAUCCAGCCAGUGGCAGAGAAAUAAGACUGAUCCUAAUUUAAUAUAUCUUAUUUACCGCACUGCUGUAAUGCUGUUCUUUUUUAUUACAUGGGUUAUAACAAUAGUACGGGAAUCGGGCAAAGGAAAGUGGCCUAUAUUUCUAACGAACUGGGGCUACACAACAAACACAGUACAAGCGACUUUAGCAUUUAUCAUGUUAUUUUUCUCUUAUAUAGGAUCAACGUGUAAUAAACCAAAAAUUAAAGAAAGCGUAUUAUCCCUGUACUCAGUUUAUUGGGUAGCAUAUAAUGUAGCAUCAUCGACAGGCCUGGUUAUUUCAGUCAUAUACUGGACAGUGAUAUUCGAUGCAAAUAAAAUAGCAUUGGAUGCUUUAAAUUUUUUCGUUCAUGGAAACAAUUCUAUACUUAUUCUCAUAGAUGUGUGCAUAAUUGCGCAUCCAUUUAUAAUGUGGCAUGUUAUUUACCCUGUGAUGUUGGGAACAAUUUAUUCCAUUUUUACUAUCAUUUAUUAUGCAGCAGGAGGCACCGGCAAGGAAGGAAGGCCGUUCAUAUACAAAAUUGUAAAUUGGGACAAACCGGGCAUGACGCUUGGUGUGUGCUUAGGAGUGCUUAUAUUCGUCAUUAUCAUUCAUUCGUUGAUGGUCUUAAUUACGGCAGCUAGACAAAAAUUAGAGAAGAAACUUAGAAGUAAGAAAUUAGAUAUAACGGUGGAAACUAAGAAGCAAGAAGCUGCUUAUGUCAAUGAAGCCAUGACAGAUGUAGUGUGAAUUUAAUAAUUAUUCCAUAGAAUAGAAUCGUAUUAAAUUGUGUGCCAUAAAGAAAGGUUUCUUUUCGUAAUUUUUGUAAAACAUUGUAUGUAUAAAGUGUCGUUGUUUAAAAAUAAAUAUAGUUCCUUUAAAAGUAUUUAUUGUAGGUAAACUAAUUGAGAUUAUUUUGUUAACGUAAUGAAUUUGUUAACGAUGUUAACGUUUAGAGCGGUGGAAAUUUAUAAUUUGAUGUACAAAUAGAUAAUUAUUCAUUUACCUUAUUAUUGAUUAAAG